UUGAGAAAGAUGACAACGUAGAAGAGAUUCUAGAUAAAAAUCCCUGGCAAAAGAAGAUGACAACAUAACCAAUGUUAUAAACACAAACUCUACUUCACAUGUCUAACCUUUGUGUAUUUUGAGGUUAGAUUCUCGUAUUCAUUCGCAUUUGUGCUUUUUAUAACUAAGAAAUAAAAAGGUAUUUUUGACAAUGACUUUGUCUCCGAAUUUUGAUUUAAAAAAGGAAUUAGACAUUAGUCUUCAGGAUACAACAGCUUUGAAUUCACUAUGCGGAAAUAUAGCUUCUGAAAUUGAAUCAGGUUCUAUGAAAUUGUGCACAUUUGUGGAGACCUUAAGCUCUUAUAUGACAAAUCAAAAUAUUGUUAUGAGAGAAAAUGGAGUUAUAGCUUUAUCCUAUGUUUUGUCACAACUAUCCCAAGAUUAUCUCACUGAGUCAGAAUUGUAUUUUAUUACAAUAUUUUAUUGUGACAGGAUAAAGGAUCAUUAUAAUAUUAUACCAUCUGUGUUAAAUGGUAUUUUAGCAAUUAUAAAUAUGACUUAUUUACCUGCAAGUGCACCAUCAUCUUUAUUAAGAGCUAUGUUUGAGCAUGUUCAAUGCCAAUCUCAGCUAUUAACAGAUCGUCGUAAUAUAUAUUUAAUAUUUAAAAUUUUAAUAGAAAACAAACUAGACGAUUUGAAAUCCAUGGGACCAGAUUUAGUUUACGGUAUCAUUAGUUCUAUUGAUGGUGAAAGAGAUCCAAGUAAUCUCAUGUUAUUGUUUAACAUAUUGCCACAUUUUAUAAAAGAAUUUCCAUUGGGACAUUUAGUCGAAGAAAUGUUUGAAGUUAUGGCAUGUUAUUUCCCAGUUGAUUUUAAUCCUUCUAGUACGGAGGAUGUGACACGAGAAGAUUUAGCAAAAAAAUUGGCUCCCUGUUUAUGUGCUGUCCCAGACUUUGCAGAUUAUUGUAUACCACUCAUAAUUGAGAAAUCAUAUUCUUCUCUUAGGGUUGCUAAACUUGAUUCCUUGAAUCUAUUAUGUGAAAGUGUUCAAACAUUUGGAUUGUUAAAAGUAAAACCAUAUUUAUUAGAAUUAUGGACAACGUUAAAGAAAGAAAUUAUGCCAGAAAGAGACAUUGAGAUAAGAGAUGCUGCAUUAGAAGCAUUAACAUCUUUAGUUAAAGUUAUAUCAGUUGACAAAGUUGCCUCUAAGGAUUUUAUUGACAAAAUAAUUAUUGAUAUAAAAUCGUCACUAUGUGAUGUACAAUUCAGUUUAUAUAGACCUGCCCAAAAGAUAUUGGAAAUGAUAGCGAUAAUUAGUAAACCAAUGUGUGUGCAAAUUUUGCAAGUUAUAAUACCUUUAUGUAUUGGGCAGUAUUCUACAAAAAGUUCAGUGAACGAUAAAAUUAUAUUGAUAGAAACUUUAAAUAAUUUUAUGAAAAUUUGUACCAAUUAUGAUUUCUGCAUUCAAGAUGUUCCAGAAUUAGCAUGGGUAAAUAUACCUCAGAUAUAUUUAGAUGGCUUGACAGCAGAAGAUAUUGAACUAAAAAGUAAAAUAUUUCUUGGCUUAACAAUCCAAAAAAAGUACUUAAAUGAUGUACAACGUUCUAUAUGUUAUAAUGCAAUAUGCAAUGAAAUUGAAACAGGAUGCCAUGAAAUGCAGAUUAUAUGUCACACGACUAUUAUAGAUUUUACUGCAUUAUAUUUAGAAGAAAUAUUGUUGGUUACAGAAAGAUUAUCAUUAAACAUAGAUGAAACGGAAAUGAAACUACUGAAACGUAGAAUACAAGCGUUGUCAGCAAUUGCAAAAAUACGUGAAAUAGGUUAUACAAUUCUUCCAAAAAUUGUUGCAUUGUUAACAAAUGAUAUUUGCACUGAUAUAUGCAUUACAGCAUUAUUAAAUAUUCAAAAGUUAAUUACUUUAAAGAAAUUUGAUUUCAAUAUACAUGAGUUUUUAUAUAACGAAUGUCACAUUAUUGAUAAAUUAAUUGCGUAUAAAACAAAUGUUCUAAAUCAUAAACUGCUGAUAUCUAAUGUCUGUCAGUUAAUCAUACGAAAUCUUACAAUUAAAGAACAAUAUAUGAUUGCAGCAAAAUACGCUACAAUUUUAAAUACAAAAAUGCUGGAAACUGAUGUCAAUUUAUUAAUGAAUCUUUUAAUUCCUUUGAAGAAAGACAUCAAUUUGAAUAUUAGCUAUAAUGCAGUGGAAAAUCUGUAUAAUCUAGCUGUUAGCAAUUGCAAUCUGGAUGUAAGACAAACGGCGUGUAUAUUUUUAUCCGUUUUAUUGAAUAAAAUGGAAAUAAUAGAUCUCGACACGAUUGUACCUUAUCUAGAAGACAAAAUAGAUGAUAAUUUAAAAGCGAAUAUUGACAUUGAAUCAAAGCAGCAAGUAGUUAACUUUCAGAUCUGGAUGACCAAAGCUCUUGUCAUGAGAGGACAUGAGCAGUCUCGAUACUUUUUAAAGAAUCUUACAUAUUUACUAAGUCAUAAUGAACUAGGUCGACAUGUAAGUGAACAAUAUCAAAUUUUAGUAAACAAACAUGAAGAUAUUUUAAUAGUGGAAAAUUUCUGUAAUGUAAAAAUCUUUUAUAAACAAAGAGUAUUCGAACAUUUAUUGCAACAAAAUGUUAAUUUUACAAACUCGAUGAGACAGAAUUAUCUGAUUGUUGUAGUACAUUUACUAGAACAUAUACCGGAGGAAUUAUUAUUUUUAUAUUUAACCGAGUUGGUGCCACUGUUGAUCGAGUCUUUAUCUCUUAAUGAUGAGCAUUUAGUUACCUGGACAUUGAUCUCACUUAAAUUGUUGCUUGAUACGAAACACGACGUAUUUUCUGAUAAUGCACAGUGUGUCAUACCGAGACUUCUGCAAUUAUCAACAUUUCGAAGCAUGAAAGUUAGAAUUGCGGCUCUGGAAUGCUUGGCGAAUUACGCUAAUUAUCCUACUAUUUUAAUCAAUCCGUACAAGCAGCUUGUAUUAGACAAAUUGGGUACAAUAAUCGACGAUCGCAAACGUUUAGUCAGAAAAGCUGCAGUGCAAGCCAGAAUACGAUGGUUUUUAAUGAGUUCAUCUGACAGGUCACAGGAGUGACAUAUUGCAAUUCAACAUUAUAUAAGUGCGAUUAAUACAAUUUUAUAAAUAUUUUUGUGUUUGUAUACCCCGAAAAAAAAAUAUAAAUUUCUUAUUGCGGGAUA